AUGCCUGCCUACGAACUCCGAUCCGGUGGUGAUGUCAAGAACAAGAAGCAGAGUGUCGCCGACCUCAAAUACCGUCGGCUCACCGAGCUCAAUGCCCGUCUGAAGGAGGACUUGGACCGCCCUCGUGUCAAGGUCUCCGAGGCCGCUCUCUCCCUCAUCAGCUACUGCAACAACACUCGCGACUUCAUGGUUCCAUCCGUAUGGGGACAGGUCGACAAGCGCGAGGACCCCUACGCUCCCCAGCAGCAGGGCGGUUGCUGCACUGUCAUGUAA